AUUAAUGACCGAUAUUGUAUAUAUAUAUAUGUGUGUGUGUGUGUAUGUAUACAUGUAUACAUAUGUAUAUAAAUCGUGUUGAAUCGGAUCAUAAUAGAUUAUUGCUGGAAUGUUUACGAACUUUGCUAUUAAUUAAUAACAAAAUAGAUAAUUAUCGCACAUACAUUGAAUAUUUAAGUUAAAAGAAAAAACAGAUAAAGUAAUCCAAGUACGUCAGUAUUGAAUAAAUCGUAAUUUUUACAAUAUUCUAACCUAUUUGUGCAAGUAAAGUGUAUACAAGCAAUAAAUAAUGAAAUAUUCAACGUCACCACCAGCAACUCCACGCUCGUUAUCACCAAAUCAAUUUUCCGGUGGAUUUUUUAAUUCAUCUCUUUCAUCAUCAUCAUCAUCAUCAUUGCCGAAUCCAAUAACUUAUCGUAAUCGAAAUUGUAUGGGUGGAGCAUCUAAAUGUUAUAAAUAUUUACGAAAAUUACUUAAAUUUGAGCAAAUGGAUUUUGAAUUUGCCAUUUGGCAAAUAAUAUAUUUACUUAUAUCACCUCAAAAAGUUUAUAGAAAUUUUCAAAAUCGCAAACAAACAAAGUUACAAUUUGCACGAGAUGAUCCAGCAUUUUUAGUUCUACUUGGCUGUUGGCUCCUAGUAUCAUCAUUAGCAUUUGCUCUUGUUUUAAGAUUGAGUUUUCUACAAUUUAUUAAAUUUUUAUUGUACUCAACGUUAGUUGAUUGUAUCGGAGUUGGAUUAUGUACUGCGACAUUAUUUUGGUUUAUAAGCAAUCAUUAUUUAAGACGGGAUUCAACACAAGAUGUAGAAUGGGGAUACGCAUUUGAUAUUCAUUUGAAUGCUUUUUUCCCACCAUUAAUUAUUCUUGAUAUUCUACAAAUUUUUCUAUAUCCUGCUUUUAUAAAUUAUGAUACUUUUUCUGCAAGAUUUCUUGGGAAUACUUUUUGGUUAGUAUCUAUAGGAUACUAUAUUUAUAUAACGUUCUUAGGAUAUGCUAAUGUUGAAAUAUUACAUCGUACUGCCGGUAUUCUUUGGGCAUUACCAAUAGCCCUAUUAAUUUAUAUUGUUUUUUUAUGUGCCGGUAUUAACAUGAGUAAAAUAGUUAUUAAUUUUUACCUUGAUCGUGUUAUUUCAUAAUUUAUAUUUUUUAAUAUAAUUGUAUUGUGUAUUUUUGUAUAAUAUAAUUAUUGUAAAUUAAUAUUUAUAUAAAUAAUUUAAUUGAA